AGCUCCGACAAUCGCAUGCACUCCGUCGUCUUUUGCUGCUGCUCGUGAACAUCGGCAAUUAUCUGAAUAGUUCGUCAACUCAUGGGAAUGCCGCUGGAUUCAAGUUGAGUUCCCUGUGGCAGGUGAUCGACCAUAAAGCCACGAAAGGAUCUUCGUCGCUCUUGCAUCUUCUUGCUAAGAUGGACUCGGAAUUACUAACUGAUCUCGAACAAGAACUGCCGAACAUUAACAGAGCGUCAGAGU